CACCAACUUCCAAUCUCUUCCCAAUCUUCCAAAGCAAGAGCAUUUGAAAGCAGAAUCGUUUCAGUGUAAGAGGGUGGGGUUGGGGGGACACAGGUAAGGGUAAACAGUUUGGGCUUGUUCCCUCCUUCUGCCAUGUGAGUAGCUGCCAGCUUUCCAGUCACCCCAAAUUUGCCCUUCAAGCCAUCAGUCAUAGCACAGAGUCUGCCCGAACUGACCACCUUAUCUCAUCUGCACUGCUUAGCAUGGCAUCUGAAUCUGCCCAAUACAUAAGGUGAUCCAAUUCACACAAUACAUUAAACCGCUAUUUAAUCCGGGUUGGGAAGGAAACGACUUUUAGGUCUUUAUUUAAACUGGUUAAGCACGUGAUGCAAACAAAUGCCCAACGAGUUCCAAAGUCAGGCUUGCAAGUUGACACGCGUUUGGAACCGACCUCCCUUGACGAGAGCCGGAGCUCCUCUUCUUCACGCCUUAAAUCUCGCCUUCCCGAGGGGAGAGCAAAGAGGGGGUGGAAGUUGUCCUUUCCAGCUCCCCGCUCUAACGGGGCUUUCUUACGACACGGCCCUCGGAGGAGAGUCGCCUUCGCCCACUUGCAAUUACCGCCCCGGAGUUCCUAAACUUGGCUCUCGCUCUCUUCCGGGCUGGCUGCUCCCUGUCUUCGACGGCCGCCGGGCGCCUUCGGCUCUCGCUUGCCCUUCAGCUGCCUCCGCCUCCGCCCGGGACGUUUCGGCAAGAGCGGCGGAGUGGGGUGGGGGGAGGACAGCCGGGGAACAAGAGGCCCCGAUCUGAAGGCGCGGCUGCGCUGCCGCCGCCGAGGUUUUGCUGAGCUGAGCUGGGAGGAGGAGGAGGAGGAGGAGGGUAGUAGGUGAGGCUGGUCGUGCCGGCUCCCCUCCCUCCCUCCCUCUUCCCCACCCCGAUCAGAUCCAUCCUUCCAGAGGCGGCACGGUCUGCCUUCCUGAGGGAGGGCAGCUCGGGAGAGGCGAUCGGGCAAAGGUGUAGACGGCCGCCUCUUCUGCAGAAGCGGAGCGCUAGCUGCCUGCCUCCCUCGGCCCCCACCUGUUCCUGCGACGCCAGCGGGGCAGAGGCCCUUCCCGGACUCGCCCGGGCUCCCGGCCAACGGCGCCAGGCUCCCCUCCUUCCCACCCAGCGCCCGCGCUCUGCCCGGGAUCGCCCGUGCGCUGCCUUCGCCCCCGCCUGCCUCUCGCCCAGAGCCGGGCUGACCAUGCUGGGGACUCGCCGCGACCGGCUACUCAUCCUGCUGCUUCUCGGGGCGCUGCUCAGCGCCGAUUUCUACUUCCACCUCUGGCCCCAAAUGCGGCGCCGCCUCGGUCCGGCCGAGACGCAUGAGCCACGCUGCUCCUGCCCCGCCGAAGCCGCCGUUGCGGCCGCCGCCGCCGGCGGUCCAAAGCUCCGGACUCGGCCGCCCGCCAACCGGAGUCAGGCCAACCCUUCCAAGCUGAGGAGGCUCUUCGCGCACCCGCUCUACAGCGCCCCCGAGAGGUCGGCAGAGAAGCUGCUCAACGGGCAGGAUACGCUGCGCUACUACCGGCGGAAAAUAGCCCGCUGGAACAGACGACACCAGGUUUAUAAAGAAGAGCGCAACCUAACCGUGGGUUCAGGGGUUCAGCUCCGACACGAGGCAAGCUGGUUUCAGUUCCACCUGGGGAUCAAUCGCCACGCCUUGUAUCCACGGGCCAGCCCUAUGGUGGAUCAACUCCUUAGGGACACACAGAGGUUUAGUACCAUCAGUGCUGAUUACAGCCAGGACGAGAAAGCCUUGCUCGGGGCCUGCGACUGCUCCCAAAUUGUAAAGCCCAGCGGGGUGCACCUGAAACUUGUUUUGCGGUUCCAAGACUUCGGGAAAGCCAUGUUCAAACCAAUGAGACAGAAACGAGAUGAGGAGACUCCGGAAGAUUUUUUUUACUUUGUUGACUUUCAGAGACACAAUGCGGAGAUUGCCGCCUUCCACCUAGACAGAAUCCUGGAUUUCCGACGAGUCCCUCCAGCAGCUGGGAGAAUGAUUAAUGUCACAAAAGAAAUUUUAGAAAUCACAAAGAAUGAAAUCUUACAAAGCGUCUUUUUUAUUUCUCCAGCCAGCAAUGUCUGCUUCUUUGCGAAGUGCCCUUACAUGUGCAAAACAGAAUAUGCCGUGUGCGGGAACCCUCACCUCUUGGAAGGUUCCCUCUCGGUUUUCCUGCCUUCUCUCAACUUGGCACCGCGAAUCUCCAUCCCUAAUCCGUGGAUCCGAUCCUACACCUUUGCAGGAAAAGAGGAGUGGGAAGUAAAUCCUCUCUAUUGCAAUACCGUGAAGGAGAUUUAUCCUUACAGCAGCGGCAGCCGGCUACUCAAUAUCAUUGACAUGGCCAUAUUUGACUUCUUAAUAGGUAACAUGGACCGCCAUCAUUAUGAGAUGUUUACCAAGUUUGGAGAUGAUGGCUUUUUGCUUCAUUUGGAUAAUGCCAGAGGAUUUGGGAAACAUUCCUAUGAUGAGAUCUCCAUCUUGGCUCCUCUUAAACAGUGUUGCAUAAUCAAGAAGCUCACCUUGUUACGGCUGCAGCUUUUAGCCAAACCAGACUACAAACUGAGUGAUAUCAUGAGGGAGUCCCUCCUUCAAGACCGCCUUGCCCCCGUGUUGACUGAAGCCCACCUUCUGGCAUUGGACAGAAGGUUACAGAUUAUCCUGAAAACUGUGGAGAAAUGCAUAGAGGCCUUUGGAGAAGACACUGUUUUAGCUGACGCAAAGCCUUUGGAACCUGUGGCUUUUGACAGAAUGACACAGCCAAGCUAGAGUCAAAGGAGGGUGGGGGAAACUAGAACCUGAACUUGAAAUGAUUGUUCUUCCUUAAUCUGGACACGGGAGGAAGGCAAUCCACGGCAGAAUCGGGAAACCACUGGGUGGUUGAAACCGGCAGCUUUGGCCUCAAAUUUAUAGAUGGGAAUCGCAUACACAUCGCAGCUACACAAUCUUCCUGCCUCUUCUCCAAGAGAUUGAAGAUACACCAAUUUCUGUAACGACCAAACUAUGUCUUGCUCGGGAUUUGCCUGGGCUCACCAUGGCUAGGAUUGGUGGGUUGAAUAAAGAAAUGGAGAGGCACUAAAGAAACAUUUCCAGAAUGCAUCCACACUGAGAUUUAGGACAAUAUUAAUAAGGUGGGCCUGUACCUCCUCAGGGAUGUUUAGUUUAUGGAGAACUGUAGUAGAAACUGUAAUAGAACUGUAGAAGCAGCCCUUGGCAAAAGCAAGCCAUGAAAAUGUGCUGAUGUGGCAGACAUUCUGGCUCUAACCUAGUUUAGACAACUCCACAAUAGAAAGAAAAGCUACUUUAAGGCAUAAAAUCCCACACGCCUCAGGGUUGCCAAGGAAGGGGAAAUUGCUUUCUUUUGUGUAAAGGAUCCAUCAAUUUGGGGUUGCAUUGUGGGUGCCUUCAGAUGAUUCCAGAUGUCCUUGAUAUCAAGGCAAGGCAUAUAAGCUACAAUUUCACAUUAUAGCAAUUGCCACUGAAAUCUUUCCAGCCAUUCACUUUGGAAUAAUGAAGAAGACUAGCAUCUUGAUUGAUGUCUCAUCACCAGCUAACUGUAGCAAUGCUUUUUCAAGCAAACAGUAUCAUCACUGGAAGUUGGACUUACACAUACAGAAACACACACACACACACACACACACACACACACACCCCUUCAGUGCAAUGUCUGAUGUAAAGAGUAGCAAACAGAAUAUGGGUUGUAGCAGUGAGCAGAAGGAAAUGUACCAAGGUAAUCUACAUCAACUUUAAAAGCACUAGGAAACACAUAUGGAAGUUGAAAAAAGAUUUUGCACCACAAUACGCUUUUUCAGGAUGCCAGCCAACUUCACACACUUCCCAUCCACUUUCAGACUCCACCCCUUUUUUUGCCAAUCAUCACCCUUUAACGCUUUAUAAGCAUGGUGUUAACUGACUGUGGGUACUGAAUUUGGUAGUUUUUUUAUUCCACGAUUCUAAAACUAUCUGGUACCAGUAAGGGAAACACUAAGGCUGGCAGCUCUAUGGCAGGUCUUCUGGCCUACAACAUUUCAUUGAAGUUGGGUACAAUGCCGAUAAUGCAACCAAGGUGUUUGAAGAAAUCAGAUGUCAACUGUUACGAGUUUCUUUCCCUGGUAAAUUUAUGCAAGGUCAUUAAAAUAUAGAUUUUUUAAAAGUCUGGUCAUCAAAACCAUCCCCCCACCCCUACCCUUGAGUUUAUCCAGUAGCCCUUCAAAACAAGUUUUAGUACACCAAGGAAUAUUGACAAUUCCACGAGUCACCCCUAGUCCUUCCAGUAAUUCAAAACAUGUUUUGGUUUCACAUCUGAAAACAAUCUCUAGUGAAGAUUUCUUGAACAUGGACGUUGUCUCUAAUGUUUGUGGGGGGGAAUCUGGACAGAGAAGCUUGUCCCCCACCCCCACAUCCCCAAGGAUUACCAUUAGGCUUUUGGCAAAGUAAUUCAGCAUAGGAGGUAUGAAGCUGGAACUCCAAAGAGCAACAAAAGUUGAAAAUCUAGUAUCAUCUCCCAUCCGAUAUUGGGAGUUUCACAUGAUCUUCCAAAUCUUCCUGAUCUGGCAACUUUCUGAAAUUCCAAAAGCUUCGUUAUUACUACCGUAUUAAUCUUGGAGGCUGAGAAUUCUGAUGUAGGUAUUUGGAGAGUACAAGCUAGGAAAAAAACUUCAUUUUGAAAUAUACUUGGUAUAUUCCAGUUUUAACAAUGAAAGCACCAUAUUCUUUAUGAUCCGUUUCCUAAAACCUAUUUAUAUUUUUAUCACCUGUAAGCAAUUAACAUACCAAAGCUAGAUCUUCUACAAAUAGGAAAAGUGGAAAUUCACUUUCCAAUUGUUGUCUAUGGUCACACAAAAGCAUUUAUUGUACAAGUCCACGGGUAGCAUAUCAACUGCUGCAAACCUCCAAUUGCUCUUUGAAAGGAUACUCAAUCAUUAUUUUGACAACUUUGGGGAAAUUACCUGGCGACUCCAUAAACUUCCCUGGAGGAAAAUACUUAAUAUUUGAGUGUCAUGUAACGUUGAUAACCAAAGUUUGUGAAUUUUGAUUUUCAAUUCAGCUUGAUUACUAUCUUUGAACAAUGAUUCAUCAAAGAAUAUUAAAUUGGUUACAUUAUUUAUGUCAAUGAUUGUACAGUAUUUCAGCUCCCUCUGCUGAUAGCUUCCGGAUAUGAAGAUUAAAAAAAUUCUUCAAAUAAAUUAUCUGGUUCCAAGG